CGACGCGGAUGUAACGCUUCGUGGACCAACCACGGAGAUGUGGGGCAGAAAGGGAGGGGACGACGAAACCGGAGGCAAAAAGACUUUCGUGUACCGACUUUUUUUUCUGACUGUCAGCUGCUGAACUUUUAAAUCAGCAUGCUACGUGAAGGCGUUUAAGUUCAGAGACUGUUUCAGCACCUUUGGGGUUUUUGUUUUUUUUGAAAGGCUGUUAAAGCUGAACGGUGUCAGGAGGAACCUUCGAGCUGCGUGCCUCAUUUUCAACCCGGAGUACUGUCUCAACGGGACCGUAAAUAUAACCCACCAUCGUAGCUUGCUUCUGUCGGACCGACCGGCGCAGGGAAACAAUGAGCAUUUAUCAAGAUUUAACACCGUUUCAAUGACACAACUCGGCAUUUUCACUCGACGUGAAAGCAGAGCCGUAAAGGGAGCAGCUUCCGGUGUAGCAGAGUGAAGUGUUGCGGGGAUGGAGUCGUUUCGGCGGGCAGGACUCAGCGGGGUCCUGUGCUCACUGUCAUUGCUGGGUGUCAUCCUGGACAUCCAGCUGGACGGCGUCUUAGGGGCAACUCAUGUCGAGAUCGAGCACCACUUGGAGAUGGGCCGCAAACUCUUGGCUGCCGGGCAGCUGGCCGAGGCCUUGUCCCACUACCACUCUGCUGUGGAGGGAGACUCCAAGAAUUACCUGACCUACUACAAGCGAGCUGCUGUGUUUCUGGCGAUGGGAAAAUCGAAAUCCGCCCUGCCAGACCUAACCAGAGCCAUCCAGCUCAAACCUGACUUCCUGGCUGCCCGGCUGCAGAGAGGGAAUAUCCUGUUAAAGCAGGGCAACACACAGGAGGCCAUAGACGACUUUGAAGCAGUACUGCUGCGCUCGCCGGACCAUGAAGAAGCUCAGGAGCAGGAGAUGAAAGCUACCGAGCUGGUGGAGCUGCAGGAGGAGGCACACGCUGCGUACCACCAGGGGGACUACAGCACUACGAUCAGCGUGCUGGAGAGAGUCAUUGAGAUCUCCCCCUGGGAUCCAGAGUCGCGGGAGCUUCGGGCAGAAUGUUUUAUCCGAAUGGGCGACCCACAGAAAGCCAUCCAGGAUCUGACGCCGACCACAAGGCUACGCAACGACAACCGUGCCGCCUUCCUGAAGCUCAGCUUGCUGCACUACAGCCUCGGAGAACACCACGAGUCUCUCAAUCACAUCAGAGAGUGUCUGAAGCUGGACCAGGACGACAAAGAGUGUUUCAACCACUACAAGCAAGUGAAGAAGCUCAGCAAGCAGCUGGACGCUGCAGAAGAGCUCCUUGACAUGGAGAGGUACGAAGAAGCCAUUGAAAAAUAUGAAUCAGUAAUGAAGACGGAACCCAAUGUCCCAUUCUACACCAACCUGGCAAAAGAGAAGUUCUGUUUCUGCUUUGUCAAGAUCAAAUUGGCUCGCGAGGCGAUAGACGUGUGUUCGGAGGCUCACCAGAGAGACCCCCGCAACGCAAACAUCCUCCGAGAUCGAGCCGAGGCGUACAUCCUCAACCAGGACUAUGAGAAAGCUGUCGAGGACUACCAGGAGGCGCGAGAGUUCGACGGCGACAGCCAAGAAAUCCAGAAAGGGCUGGAGCGAGCACAGAAACUUCUGAAAAUGUCUCUGAAGAGGGACUACUACAAGAUCCUGGGCGUCAGCAGGAAUGCAAAUAAGCAGGAGAUCAUAAAGGCGUACAGAAAGCUGGCACAGCAGUGGCACCCGGACAACUUCCAGUCCGAGACGGAGAAGAAAGAAGCAGAGAAGAAGUUCAUCGACAUUGCAUCGGCUAAAGAAGUCCUCACUGACCCAGAAAUGAGGCAGAAGUUCGAUGCCGGCGAUGAUCCUCUGGACCCAGAGAACCAGCAGGGCGGCGGAGGAGGAGGAGGACAGGGCUGGCCUUUCCAUUUCGACCCCUUCCAGUCCGGUGGCAGCUUCCACUUCAAGUUCCAGCAUAACUAGAGAGAGAGAGAGACAAAGAACCUCCAGAACUGAAGUAGAGGGGGAUUCAUGGAGACGUCUUCCUCUGAAGCUCUUCUUUGGCUUUGACACAUUUGUUACUUGAACAUUUGAUUUGUAGUGCAGUAGAGGCUUGACCUGGGGGAGAAAAAAAAAAGGGACUUCUUUUGAUAGAAAUAACAAAAAAACGAAGGACCUAACUGCUGAAGGAAGAAAAUGAAGUCUUGUGUCAACACGUCAGAGCCUGAAGACGGACAGUUUGUUGGGUUAAAAUGUCAAUGUGGGACAUUUGGGUUGUCUGCUCUAAUUUCUUUAUAUGUGCCAUUCUUUUUUUUUUUUUUCUCCAAAGGACUUCUCUUCCUUUUAUAAUGCAGUCGCUCAUGCUUGGACGUCACACGGGAGGACUGUCUGUGUGGUCGGUUUCUGCUCGCAGUAUUCUUCAAAAAGGAAUUACACGUCUUUUCAUUUUGACCCACGUCAAACCCUCUCUGCAUUCAGAGAGCCAAGGUUUUUUUUUUUUUUUAUACACAGCCACAGCUUUGUUGAGCUUCUGCAGUAACGUUAAGUAGGUGAGACUUCAGGUUUGAAACAUUUUGAAAUCCUAUGGAUCUUAAAUAAUAAUAAUGAAUCGUGUGUGAAUGCUGUGUCAUUGUAUCUUCAACAGGCUAUUCAUGCAGCUCCAAACUUUACUGAUCUCAUUACUAAUUUAACACAAACGCGGUCUGAACCGAAAAAAAAAGGUGAGCAAAAUGAAGACUGCACAAGAAACGAUUUCAUUUUCUUUUUUCAAAGCGCGUCUUUGAAAACUUGCACUUUUACUUUUUUUUUUGUUUACUUGAAGAGCCACUCCACAUGUUCUCCACUCCUGAAAUGUUACUGCAGCCCUCCAAAGACUCUUUGACAAAGUGUGUCUUUGAAACACGGGGAGCACAAAGGCUCCAUCUGAAACCUUUAAAGGCAGGGUUGGUCAUUUUCAAAAAUUUGCAUGAUUUUGAAAGUAGCAUUCCCUCAGUGCUACGUCUGCACCCACCCCCCCCCCCCCUCCCCCUCCCCUCUGUGCUCCCUCAAAAGCCACGCCCCUCACUUCCAUGCACAAGCGCCAUUGGUCCAGAAGCGGAGCUCAGCUCAUGCUUUGAGUGUUAGGCUCGUGCAUGCAACGUGUGGAGAACGAGCAGGGAGACAGGGAGGCGUCUGAUUGGUUCUUCAGAUUGGUACCUCGUUGGCAAACAUUGGUCAAAGUGUUGACAGGUUUCAAACUGCUUACAGAUGACGGAUUUUCUUCGUUUCUUUUUCCGAGCACAAGUUAUUAAUUUCUGUCAGGAACUAAAGACAAUUUCAACUAAAAUGUGAAAAAAGAUGAACCCUGCCUUUAAGUUCGAGGGGAAAGUAAAACUUUGUACACGAGGACAAGUUAGGCACACAACUGUUUACCUACAAACAACAUUGGACAUCUCCAGCACAAACUUAAGUUAUUUUAUUGAUAAAAUGAGAAACUGCUCGACUGUGUGAACCAAAUGUGACCGGCUCUUUGUAUUUAAAUGAUUUGAGUGGAUCUUUUCUUUUCCGUUUUUUUUUUUUUUUCUUUUUUUGGGUUUUCUUCUGUUUGUGGCUUCAAUUUUACUGUUGCCAAACCGAAUCAGCCGAUAUGCUAAAGCAUAUUAAAAUAUUGACACAAUC